AUGAAGUUGCUAAAAUUCUUGCUUCGUUAUUUUCCACCAGGUCUUGCGCUAGAGUAUACACAAGGCGGUGAUAUCAAAACAAAAAUGAUCGAUUUGUUAGAUUUGUGUGCUGGAACGGACAUAAGAGCAUUAGCGGAGAGCAUAAAAGCAGCUGAACCUGUAAUAACCGAAAGUGUAAUGGACCAGUUAGUCGAAACUUUGCAGAAACUGCAGACUAAAGUUUGCGAUACAAACGCCAAACGCUACUACAAAUACAAAACCUUACAAACUCAUCUUUUGCCAGUCACUAAUAUAGCACUCGAUAAGUUAGGUAAAAGAUGCUUGACAGGUAGCUACGACCGAACUUGUAAAGUUUGGGACAUUGACAGUGGAACGGAGCUUUUUACUCUCGAAGGCCAUAAGAACGUGGUCUACGCCGUCUCCUUCAACAAUCCAACUUCGGACAAAAUUGUGACUGGAUCCUUCGACAAAACGGCAAGAGUUUGGUGCUCUCGGACAGGUCACUGCCUCGCGACUCUGUGGGGUCACGAUGCAGAAGUGGUGGUAGCUAAAUUUUCACCGACGCAAUGCAAGCUCGUGACUGGCUCUAUUGACGCGACGUCAAAAAUAUUCUAUAUAGAAACUGGUCAAGAGUUGGGCACAUUGAGGGGCCAUACGGCGGAAGUUAUUGCACUGCAUUAUAACAAUGAUGGAAAUCAGAUCAUAUCAGGUUCUUUCGAUGGGACGGUGAACAUCUGGGAUACAAGAACUUUUACGCGAACAAGUGUAUUGAUUGGACAUCACGCGGAAUUGUCCAAUUGUCUUUAUAAUUUUGACUGCUCUUUAAUCGCAUCAUCUUCCAUGGAUAAAACCGCGAAGAUAUGGGAUGUGAGAAUGAAUUCUUGUCUGGUUACUUUGCUCGGACAUGACGACGAAGUUUUGGAUCUCGCUUUCGAGAAUAAUGAUAAGAAACUAGCAACAGCUAGCAGCGACACUACUGCACGAAUUUGGGAUAUAAGCAGCAAUUUCCAACAAUUGGCAUUGAUGAAAGGCCACCGAGAAGAAGUUUCAAAAGUUUGUUUUAGUCCAAACGGCCAUCAACUUCUAACUGCUUCCUUAGACAGAACGGCCAGGCUAUGGUCUGCAGAUGAUGGUUCUUGCUUUCAAGAAUUGAAGGGACACACUGAUGAUGUCUUUGCUUGCGCAUUUUCAUAUACAGGAGAUAGUAUAAUUACUGCUAGCAAAGACAAUACUUGUAUGAUUUGGAGAUGAUUUGAUUGGUUUCAAGUAUGCGCUUAGUUUUCACUUAUCGCUCUGUUUAUCGUUUAUAUUAUACAUUUCUAUGUUCUCUAAACUUUGGUGCGAGUGUAAUUUAUUGUUUUUCGAUAA